GUGUGGUUUAAACGUGGCCGAAACUUGUCCGGAGUUAACAAAUCCAUUUAAGGGAAAAUAAUUAAGGACUAAAAUGACGGCAGAAAUAAAAAAGGGUCCCUUUCUGGGCAUACGUCAUCUUCAGGCGCUGCUUAUCUUCAUAACUAUUACUUGUGUCUACGUUGGUCGUCUCAAUGUCGGCGUAUCUGUCGUGGCAAUGACCAAUGCCGAGUCCACGAAUCCCGAUUUUCCGGAAUACGACUGGACGAAUGGACAGAAAUCCCUGGUGCUGUCUAGCUUUUACUGGGGCUACAUCAUUACCCAGUUUAUCGGCGGUUAUCUGUGCAAGCAGUUUGGUGUCAAAAAGGUCAUGUUCUGGGCCACCAUCAGCUCGGGCGUGUGCAGCGCUGUUACGCCUCCGCUGAUCAAAUGGGGAGGCUGGGGCGCCUAUUGCGGAAUUCGUGUCGUGAUGGGCUUUGCUCAAGGCGUGAUCUUUCCGUGCAUUCAUCAGCAUUUGGCUCGCUGGUCGCCGCCACAGGAACGCAAUCGCUUGGGCGCCCUCAGUCACACGGGCAUCGAGUGCGGCAAUGUGUUGUCCAUGUUCAUGAGUGGCAUGAUUGCCAAGGGUCCGAUGGGUUGGCCUGGCAUCUCGUACAUCUCCGCUGUGUUUGCCUUUACUAGCGGCAUCUUAUGGUUCAUAUUCGCAGCGAAUAAUGCCACCGAAUCACGUUUCAUUGGCGAAACUGAGAGGGACUACAUCGAGUCAACGCUGCAGCACGAUGAGAACUACCACAAAGUUAUUAUUCCCAUUCCGUGGCGUGCGAUUUGGACCUCCGCUCCCUUCCUCGCUGUGCUGGUGACACGUUGUGCAGAGAACUGGGGUCUGAGUACGCUGCAGGCCGAGAUUCCCGAAUAUAUGAAUGGUGUGCUCGGUAUGGACAUUGAGGAUAAUGCGCUGUUCUCUGCGCUGCCCUUCCUGGCCAUGUGGGUCAUGUCUUAUGUGUAUCUCAUCACUUCGGACAUUCUUUUAACUAAGAAAUAUAUGUCACUAACGGCGAUUCGCAAGACCUUGAACUCGCUUGCCUUCUGGGUGCCCGCCGCAACGCUGAUUGGCAUUGGAUUCCUCGACGUUGACCAGAAGACCUUGGCCAUUGUGCUGAUGACUCUCAGCGUGGGCUUCAACAGUGGCUCAACCAUUGGCAGCUCCCUCAACUCGAUCGAUUUGUCGCCAAACCAUGCUAGCAUCCUGAUGGGCAUCAUUAAUACCGCUUCGAAUAUCGUACCGAUUAUUACUCCAUUGGUAGCUGGUGCGAUUGUCUCUGAUGGAACGGACCGAACUGAAUGGCAAAUUGUUUUUAUUAUCUCGGCUGUGAUAUUCUUUGUGUUCAAUUGUAUUUUCCUGAUAUUCGGCACAGCGGUGGUGCAGCCCUGGGAUGCCGAAGACUUCCUGCUUGGUAAGCAGCCCGAGCUGGCGAAGACUCCGGCGAUAAGCGACGAAUCCGAUACGAAAAAGUCGAUCAGCGGUUAACCGGAACCGAUAAUCGGCAAUCUGACAGCAAUUCGAAAUUCGAGUAUUAUUUUAAAUCACAUAAUAAACCCAUAAACACUAUAUAAUUCUGUAGAGUACGGAAUCGAUAAGCCAGGAAACCCAAUAAAAAAUCAAAUAAUAAAAACUAAAUUUAAUAAUAAUAA